AUGAUGUUUCAGCAAUCAAGCCGCAGCCUGUUGGAUGCGUCGAAAAAAUCCUCUUCUUUCCGAUGGACUUCAUCAGUUGGACGAACCUUUUCAUCAAGAAGCCCGCAGGAUUGGGUGACGACAGAGGAAACGGAUGAUCCUUCCAUAGCGAUCCUCAAGAUGAACCGUGCCCCGGCCAAUACCCUUAGCUUGGAAAUGUGCACCGAAAUCUCCAAAGCCAUCAAAGAAUUAGAAUCCAACAAAAAGACCCAAGCAGUGAUCUUGACAUCCAGCUUACCGACAAUUUUCUCAGCAGGACUUGAUUUGACGGAGCUGCACAAUCCUGACAAAGAUCGCCUUCCAGCAUUUUGGGGUGCCUUCCAACAGCUAUACUUUGAUUUAUAUGGAAGUCGACUGGCGACUAUUGGAGCCAUUAAUGGGCAUGCUCCAGCUGCUGGAUGUAUGCUUGCUUUGAGUUGUGACUAUCGAAUCAUGUCCAAGGGCAAUAUUGGUUUGAAUGAAUCGAAAUUGGGCAUUUGCGCUCCGCCAUGGCUUGGUCAACAAUUUAUUGACACUAUUGGUCUACGAAAAGCAGAAUUGGCUUUGAAUAUGGGAACCUUAUUUGAUACGAAAGCAGCGUUAGAUAUUGGAUUGAUUGACGAGAUCGUGGGAGAAGACGAUGUCAUGGAUGUUGCAAAGACCCGAGCGUCACAAUGGGUGGCAAUACCAGCACCAGCUAGGGUGGCGUGCAAGGAGCUGACGAGAGGUCGACAACUGAACGAAUUGAAGGAGAACCGAAAACAAGACGUGGAUCACUUUUGUUCUUUUGUUAAUCAAGAAGCUAUGCAACGUAAUCUUGGUUUCUAUUUCGAACAACUUGCAAAGCGAAAGAAAUGA